GUAUACAUAUGUACAUCUUGCAUAUUUAGUAGUCGAUUUAAAUACCUGGGGUUAGAGGUCAACAUACCCAUACUUUUAAUGACAAUGUGAUAUAUGUAUAUAUAUAAACAUUUUACUCGGAGAAUUUUUGUCUUAAAUAAUUAUCUAAAGGAUGAUUCAUGAUGAUUGGAUAUGCAUGAUGCAACUGUUUCACAAAAACGCGUCCACAGACUGAAAAUCUGAAAUGAAUUUUUUCCCAUAACUCCGGAUCCUCUAAACGCAAAGCGUGUUGGACAUGAUUAAAAAAAAAUCAUGGAAACUUCUUCACCACCUACAGAAGUAGAAGUAGAAGACUGUAUUUCUCACUAUGCAUGCACAGUACGUAUGCAUAUAUGUACAUACAUAUGUACAUAAGAAGUUGGGUAUUUUAUUUACUGUAAUUUGCACGUAUUUAUCCAUAUAUUAGGGAAAUUGCAGGACUAUCUAAUUUCUUCGAUAACAAUAUGAUUUUCUUAUACAUCGCUGUUUAAAAACUGGGAACGCACUAUUCACCUUGACCUUCAAAUUAGGGACUCCCACAUUUAAUGGCAUGCUAUGCAUUUUAGUAAAAUUCAAAUAUAAUCACACAUCGAGCUUACAAAUGAUAAACAGUAUGAAUUUCUCACUCUCAGCCGUAGCAUGGUAAGAUUUCCUUAAAAUUUUGAUAGAAUUAAAUCAAUAGUGAAGAAAAUGCAGGCAGUCAAGAUUCAAGUAUCAAUCAAUUUUGCUGUGUCAGAUAAAUUUUCUAACGCGAUUAAACAAAGUGUAAAAUCUGUGAGUGGAAAUAAGUAUGAGUUUACAACCCCAUUUUUCCUUCCCACGCUGUACCGGAAGAGUUUUGAAGAUCUGACCAACGCAGAACGGGAUGACAUCCAAAUCCUGGAAGGUCUUCAACGUACACUGGCGUCCUGGCUGGACAACCAAUUUCCCACGGUUUUGAAGUCUGGGAGUUCAACCAAAAUUGCGAGACAUGUCGUGACCUAUGUGACCUUCUGCGGUCCGCACGUGGCUCUCGAUUCCGCUUUAUUUCUCAGCAUUGCAAAACCCAUGGCGAUUGGACUCUUACUCGAUUUCAUGGCGGAUGAUAAAGAAUUAUUUUACGGAUUGGAUACGACCCUCUUGCGCCACGGGGUGGAAACCUUGCACAACUCGAUAAAUGAGUUACGAACCUUGGAUGUCGCUCUAAUCGAAGAAGCCAUUCAGCUCAAGCUUUUCAAAAACAAGGAAAUCCAGUCCAACAAAUAUGCCGCGAUGCUGCUCGGAUCCGCAUUUGAAGUUGGGCUAGACACCGAGACGAUUUUCGGAAGCAGAGAGAACGCUCUCGAUCAGCGUUGGUUUUUCGAAAAAUUAUUUAAGGACGUUCACGUCGCUUUGUUACUGGCAGACGGGCAAAUGGAUGAUUAUUCCCUCAGCACGCAACGGCACUUUAGAGCAAUUGAUGGUUCAAUAUUGCUAAUGGUCGAAAUCAUCGCAAUCACGAAAACGGCUACGUUAACUCCUAAGCUUACUGGAGAUCCGGUGUUUGCACGAUUUCGUGGCGUCAUGGAUGACAUUUCGGCCGCCUUCAAUGACAUCCUCGGAUUACAAAAGGAUAUCAAAAAUGGUGAAAGCAAUGGGAUCGUCAUGUUCAAGGUGAAGAGAGGAACGCCACUUAAACGAGCGUUGGAUGAGGAGGUGGCAAUUUUGGGCGAUAACAUCCAAGACUAUGAAAAACUUAAGGAUAUGCUUCUGUGCAACUUUCCCGAAGAGGAAAAUCUCCCCCUCUAUUUCGAAAUUGCUGAUUCCGUCCUCUUCGGACUGGUCCAGGUUUUCAUAGAGUCUCCAAUUUACGGGAUGAAGGGGCAGAUUCGGAUCGAUACGGGAAAUUGAAUCGACGAAAAUAGGAACAAAUUUGUGAACGGGGCCAAAUAGCUUGGACGUUUCGAAUUGAACGUUGUUUACAUAUGUACAUAUGUAGAUCUAAAUUCUAAGCAGAUAAGUUCCGAAAUAAUAAAAAAACAAGGGAAAAUAGAUGAUAACAAAUAUGCCAAAAUUAUUAACUCGUGAUCUAAUCAUCUACAAAUUUUUUGGAACUUAUUUUGAAAUCGUAAAUAGGCUUAAAUGCAUACAUACCCAUGUUUGAAGC